AUGGCUGUGGAAAGUUUCACAACAAAGGAACAUGGAGCCAUGACGAAAGGCGGAGUAAUAGGAGACAGAACUUUAAUAGUCGUGUACAACAAUGGCCGAGUUCCAAGAAUUGCUGCUGUUCCUCGUAUGGUUUUAGUUCGACCCAGUCAAGUACAUCAAAAUCGAUUAAAACUCGAAGCCCCUGAGAUGGAUUCAAUUGAGUUCAACGUACCGACUACUGGCCAAGUAGCAACGUUUCAACUAUACGAAAAGACAAUGUCAGGAAUCGAUUGUGGUGACGAGGUUGCAGCAUGGUUAACUAAAUUUAUGAAAGUGGAUUCUGCUAGGCUCAUUUUUCACGCUCCCAAUCUUCCCGCAAGAGAGAGUUCAUUGUUUGUCAAGUUUGGUCAUCUCGGCGUCUAUUCAAAAAAGUUAAACUUGGUGUUUCAAUAUGGGUCACCUUUCAACAUGAUCUCGCAAGCUUCAAUUGAUGAUCUGAACAAAAAAAAUGGAUAA